AAUCAAACUAUGCAUGCCUCUGUGAAAAAAGACUCCAUAAAAAAGUAUGAAAAUCUUCUUGAAGAAGGUUUAUAUAAGAUCAUCACAAACUUCUCAGUUACCCACAAUGGUGUCUCCUUCACUGAUAUUCAUGAAGGCAAACAGUAUCCAGACUUCUUGAUAGACAUAGUUGGUCAAAUAGUUGAAAUCGGGGAUGUUGAGAUCUUAAACAUCAACAGAAAGCAAACCAAGCGACUUACAAUGACUCUUCGUGACGAUGGAUACCAUUUUAUUAUAAAUUUAUUA